UAAUAAGGGGGCAGAUCCAAACAAUACAAGGUUCCAGCUUCCUUUCCUGAAUCUCAACUAAGCUCCCUAUACCUCACUACAUGGCUCCCACUUUUUACCACUAUAGGCCUCUAUCCAUGGACCAGUGCUCAGAGAAGGGGGUGCAGCACCACCGGUGGCUAGUAGUGUUCCUAGUGCUCCUAUCGGUGGGUAUGUUAGUGAGCGUGAUCGUCUUGGCUGUCAAGCUCAACAGCACCGCUUGCAAGAAUGGCCUCGUUGCUGAGCAGGAGUGUCGAAACCGCACCCACCUCCUGGAGCACCAGCUGACCCGAGCCCAGGAUGUCUUACUGGAGACUGAGGCCCAGGCUGCUGCUUGCAACCAGACUGUGGCAACCCUGAUGGCUUCCCUGGAGACGGAGAAGGCUCAGAGCCGCAAGCAACAGGAGCUAGUGCAGAAGCUUCAAGAGGAGAUCAAAGAAUUGAAGCAGAAGCUGAAGACAUCCCUGGAUCAGGAACUAAGAAAAGAAAAUGAGGCCUCAGGAGGGGAAAACAGCUCCACCAGCUCUGGAAACAUCCUCAGCCGCUGUGUGAUCACUUUACUCCUGGCCGUGAGCCUCCAGGCUCUGCUGGCCUGAGGUCCCAGGAAGCCAGCGGGCCACAACCUGGACUCGUCUGUUUUCUUCUGGCUUCCCUGACCUGGCCAGUUCUGAGCAGCCUAGCAGCAUGGUUGCGGGGAGGGGAUGGUUGUGGGGAGGGCAAGGG